CCUCCGCCAGUAAACCCGAAGAUGUCGUUUGGUGUGGUAGCUAACUGCCUACUUAUCAUUUUCAUAACUCUAGUUAAUGGAAUGCCACAGAGAGAUGAUACAGCACAGGAAAAGUCUGAAUCACUUCCAUUUAUUCAAUUUACUGAUGGAGGAAUCCGAGUGAACUUUGGAGGGUAUCAUGCUGAAGCUGGACUCGGCGGUCUUUUACGAGGUACGGGUGGUGGACUUUUUGCGAGUGCGGGAACUCCAUGGGGUGCACAUGCUGGCGCGGGAUUAGGCGGGAAAUUGGGUACAGAUGGCAAGCUUGGCGGUGGUCUUUAUGCUCGAGCUGGAGCCAGCCGUGGAGGACCAGAAGCGGCUGCUGGCCUCGGUGGGAAAUUGGAUGGCAGUGGACGGUCGGUGAACCCGGUUGCGGGUGGCUUGUACGCAGGGGCAACACCAGGCGGUGGUCCAGGUCCGGGCGUGUUUCUCGGCGGUGGUUUUGACCAACCCGGAUUUGAUGGAAUUAUAAGUGGCAGCGCAAUCGACGAAACUAAUUUGAAUCCACCUGCGGCUGCUGCGGGAACAUCUAACAUCCCAGCGAGUGCGGAUACGACUGCAAGUGGAAAAAAACCGAAAGGUCGCACAAAUAUACAAAUCAUACCUUCGAAGGCGCACAAAGAGAAAGAGAAGGUGUUACAAGCUGACGCGAUGCUACGAGCUGAUGCACCCGCAGGUGAGAAAGCCGAGUCGCAAAAUAAGGAGACACGACGUGCAGUGCCAGUCGUGGCACCCACGGCAGAAGUGGACUUAGUCAAAUCGGUUUACGUUGGAGCAGCGCCAGCAGUGAAAACCGUCGUUCUGGCACCUGCAGCUGCUGCACCCACACAAGGCGCAGGCCAAGCUACUGCCACCGUCGAUACAGUUACAACAGUCGAUAAUCCGAGUGUAGUCAUUGCAAAGCCCGCGUAUCCACGCUGGUACCUUAGAAAAAGAUUCUGGACCCGUCCUAGGAAAACAGUUUAUGUUGCUCCAACAGCAACGGCUGAUACUCAAAGUUCUCCUUCGGAUAUAGUCGGCAGACUUUUCGUCAACGCAGUGGGAGACGGUGGCGUAGUUGCUACAGGCAAAACAUCUUAUACCAGCGGAUCUUUCAUCGAUAGUAUUUUUAACAUUCCGAUUUCUACAUUGUCUGCUGUUAACAACGCUGUUAAUCAACUACUGGGAAAUAACGUCGUUAAGACCGUUGCUGUGGCUAAGAUUUCACCGUAGACCACAUUAUUAAACACACUUAAAUUGUUAUUAUAAUUGACGAUUACGUAACAUUGUAAUUGUCAUCGCAAUAUACACAAACAAAGCCUGAAGAUUACAAUCCUUCAAAUAUAUUUAGCAACUUCAUUUCUCAUGUAUUCAGCCUCUUUUGACAAGAGAUGUUGAUCUGCCUGCUUAAGAAUGCUAUACACAUACUAUGUCCAUCUCCUGGUUCCCUGUACGUGAUUAGAUUAUAUCAGCGAUCCUGUAUAUACUACGAUAUUUCUUUGCCUGCGAAUUUAGAAAAGAAGAUACAUGUACUAAUAAAGUUUUAUACA